AUGUCCACGGACGCGCCACCGCUUGCGGCAAUUGCCGCGCCUAUUGUACCUAGCCAGUACUCGUACUCCCCGCUCCCGGCGGCUCGGGGAUGGAUUCGUCUCCUCCGUCUUCGUCCUCAUUCGGAUCCAUCUUCCCCGAUUCAAUGCGUCCUCUUCCAUUACCCGCUCCAACAAUCAAGUGGACAUCUCUACGAAGCACUCUCCUACGUAUGGGGCGAUCACGGUCGGGCUCUCCCCAUCCUCAUCGGGGAGACGGAGCUACGAGUCACAGUCAAUCUCCACGCCGCCUUGACCCGACUUCGCAAUGCUUUCCUUGAGCGUGUGCUCUGGAUUGACGCCAUCUGCAUCAAUCAAGCCGACCUAGAGGAACGUGGAAGUCAGGUCCAGAUCAUGGCACAGAUUUAUGCCUCUGCGAAUAGAGUGAUCGUCUCCCUCGGGGAGACGGCGGAUCGAAGCAUCAGUGCUUUCAAGUUAAUCAGGAUGGCCGCCGAGGCCUCAAUUGAGGGAAACAGAACAUUUGACCCAUGGCGUUUAUGGGAAUGCAGACAAUGUGAACUGUGGACUCCAGAGUAUGGGCGGUGUGCUACAUGCAGUGGCAAAAGUCUUCCGACUGAGGCGUGGGCACCAGGAACUGAGACGGCGGCGCGCAAAUUUCAGGCUAUCAACCUACUUCUCGGUAGGUCAUGGUUUAGACGCGUUUGGGUCCUUCAGGAGGUCGCCGCAGCUAGACGCAUUCUCAUCACGUGUGGCACUGAGGCCAUCAACGGAAAUGCUUUCUGCUACGGCUUAGAGACGCCAGCGUUCCAAGAGCUGGACCUCCUGGAUACAAUUCGGCCCGUGCUUUACCUCAUCAAGGGCUCGAUGGCUCGUCCUCAACACGAGGGUGCUUUCUCAGCAAGCACCCAUCUCAAUAUUACGACGCUAGGUGAACUCAUCAGCAUGUUCAAUCUCCAUAAAGCUUCGGACCUUCGCGAUAAAGUAUAUGCUUUAAUAGGUAUGGCAAGGAUGGAUUCAAGCACAUCUACUUUGCUCCCAGACUACACAAUACCGUGGAAGGUCCUUUUUCAACGCCUUCUUAGAACCUUGCUUGGACACCAAGUUGAGCUGGAAACUUGGAAUGAGAGGGAAGUAGCUGUUGUCAGAGGAAAGGCAUGCGCAUUGGGUCAAGUUACGCUGGUACGAAGCUACGCCCUCUCUGGAGGUCGGCAAAUUAUCCAGGUCCAGUCGAAUGGAUGCCGCGGAUAUGAUACGCCCUCUCUCCAAUGGGGCUUUACUUGGACUGUUCAGAUGCCAGCCAGACCGGUUCUGGAAGGAGAUAUUGUGUGCUUAGUCCGCGGCGCUUUGUAUCCUUGCAUCGUCCGCCCUCACGGGAGCCUUUUCUCUAUCAUCAUGAUCGUAACAGCGGAGCCUCAUGAGUUUACUAGAGGAGACUGGGAGUAUGAUGGCUUCUAUGGUUGGGAGAAAGGCUUCUCAGGACCUGGCGACACCUGGAUCUGGAGCCGGGAUGUGCUAAUGGUAUGCGAUUGGGAACAAUCUGAACCACCACAAUCGAUAAACCACGUAUAUCAACGAAUCGGACACCCGCGCAAGGCCUUUGACCUGGCGAUGGACCUGGAAAGUACAGCGCGUAUGUUGGAAGAAUACAGGCACUAUCAAUUAGGUAGUGAGAUGCUUAGAGAGGCAUUGAAUGCCCUGGGCGAUUCCCUUGAAGAAGAGUGGGUGCGGGCCAGACGAAGAUUGCAACAGCUCCGCUUAAUGUUCAAGGAACACAAAGCCUGGGAAUACGUCAUCGCAACUCUCCAUGAAGACUUCAACUGCGCAUCUGGACGUAAGCUAGGACGCCCUACCGACUCGAGCCCGAUGACUGCUCGCUCUUAUCCGGACAGCCUUGAAUUCCUGGAUUACCUUAGCAAGAAUGCGGAAAAGGUAGCGCUUGAGAUGACACACAAGGACGAUCACGGCUCUCUGCUCUUGCUCUUCCGACUUAUUGGAGAUGCUAUCCCUCUUUCUGCUGCUAUCGUAAAGGGCUUCGUGGCUAGUGCCAACAGCUUUGAAAUAUUGCAGUGCAUCUUCGAGACAUGGGAGAGAGGCAACGAGAUCGAGAUUACCUACGAGAUGCUCCGUUCGGCGAUGUCCGAGCGUUGGGCAUCCCGGCCCGGAUUCAAGCUGCUGGUGGAUCGUCGAGCCGACCAUAUAGCAGGGAUAAUCAGGACAACUGAUAUCUGCAAAGUAGCUGCAAUUAUGGAGCGCUUGCAUGGUCUUCGGAUCCUUGACGUGUUUCUUGAACGGUUCGACUUUCUUACCCAGGAGCCUCUCAGCAGAAUCGCAGAGCUGUACCAACAGGCCUUUCAGCUAGACGAGGGUGCGGUCCGCGAACUUGUCGCUGAAGACAUCGAUCUGGAUAUUCCUGGAACGCGAUCGGAGUCUCUUUUAGUCAAAGCAUCAGAGUACGGGCGGGCAGAUCUUGUGAAGUUACUGCUCGAGAGUCGUAGGGUGAACGUCAAUUUCCUAGAUCGGUACGAGAUGACGCCGCUUUACCUCACUACGGCGGCCGGGCAUGUCGAGAUCUGCAGGCUCCUUCUGCAGCAUGGCGCUAAUCCACAUACUAAAACAUACUACGGAGACACGCCCUUGCAGUGGAUGCAGCGAUUGGACGAAAAAGCGGGGUUGCUGGAAGUUUUUGACGCAGUCAUCGAGCAGCAGGAGAAGAGCGCCCAUGAGCCGGUAUCCAUCAGCCCUGCCGAGUUCGCGGAAAAAUGCUCUGUCAGCGUUGAAGAAACUCCUGAGGAAGAGGACGCAUGA